AUGGUCCCCUCAUAUGCGCAUACUACUCCUCAACCCCAAUUCCUCCGAGGUCAUGACCAGAGGCAUGGUGCAGGCUGCCAAAUCUACCCCCGUAUCCAAUGUAUGAAUGCUACCGACACAAAAAAACAUGGACGAGCAGGGGACAUGCUGACUCUCCCCGAGUCUGUAGAAAUGCACUCCAUGACGGCCAGCUCCACGGCUCCACCUAGCAUCGACAACAGUGAAGACAUCCAGACGAGCACAAAAGUCGUGUUGAGCGAGCUGCCAGCCGCAGAUUUUGCACGGAAUAACUGGGAUGCCAUCCUGGUGGCCUGUUUUAGCGUCCACAGCCUCGUUCCGGAGCUGUCAAAUUGGUUUGAUGGGCCGGUGACGGGCAUUUUUGAAGCCAGCAUCUUGACCGCCAUGGCUCUGCUAAGGCCCGGUGAGCAAUGGGGGAUCGUGACGACGGGCAAGUUCUGGGAGAAACAUCUAUCUGAAGGCGUUUAUGAAUUCCUGGGCGUUGACGCAACAGGUCGCAGCAACAAGUUUGCUGGUGUUGUCACGUCGGGCUUGACGGCAGGCGAUUUUCAUACCGUCUCACCGGAAGAGGUAAAGACAAAAUUGAGCCUGGCCACCAAAGGCCUCCUUGAAUCGGGCAACAUAUCAUGUGUCGUCAUGGGCUGUGGAGGAAUGGCAGGGCUAGAGGACAUUAUUCGUUCUACCGCAAAAGAUGUAUACGGGGAGCAGAGAGCCAGGGAGUUGUACAUUGUGGAUGGUGUCAAGGCAGGUAUUAUGCAACUGCAUCAGAGCAUAAAUGGCGCAAAAACCUUCAAAUAG